UAUAUGGACUACAAUGCAACCACUCCCCUGGACCCAGAUGUUAUCCAGGCCAUGACAGAGGCCAUGUGGGAGGCCUGGGGCAAUCCCAGCAGUUCUUACUCAGCAGGUAGAAGGGCCAAGGAUAUUAUAAAUGCCGCCCGGGAGAACCUCGCGAAGAUGAUAGGUGGAAAACCUCAGGAGAUAAUCUUCACUUCCGGGGGCACCGAGUCCAACAACCUGGUCAUCCACUCGGUGGUGAAGCACUUCCGGGAAAACCAGGCCACCAGGGAGAAUGCGGUGCAGCGCCAGCCCCCUGGUGAUGGGGCCAAGCCACACCUCAUCACCUGCACCGUGGAGCAUGACUCGAUCCGCCUGCCCCUGCAACACCUGGAGCGGGAAGGUGUGGCCGAGGUCACCUUUGUCCCGGUAUCUACGGUGAGCGGGCAGGCAGAAGUGGACGAUGUCUUGGCGUCCGUCCGGCCCACCACGUGCCUUGUGACCAUCAUGCUGGCCAACAAUGAGACCGGCGUCAUCAUGCGUAUUCCUGAAAUCAGCCGGCGCAUCAGAGCCCUGAACUCUGGGCGGGUGGCCUCAGGGCUGCCUGCAGUGCUGGUGCACACGGACGCAGCACAGGCCCUGGGGAAGCGGCGCGUGGACGUGCAGGACCUGGGGGUGGACUUCCUCACCAUCGUGGGCCACAAGUUCUAUGGCCCCAGGAUUGGGGCUCUCUAUGUACGAGGCCUGGGUGAGCAGACCCCCCUGUACCCCAUGCUGUUCGGAGGUGGACAAGAACGGAAUUUCAGGCCAGGGACGGAGAACACGCCGAUGAUCGCGGGCCUCGGGAAGGCCGCAGAGCUGGUGAGCGAGAACUGCGAGGUUUACGAAGCCCACAUGAGAGAGAUCAGAGAUUACCUGGAGGAGCAGCUGCAGGCUGCAUUUGGGAAGAGAACCUGCUUCAACAGCCACUUUCCAGGGACAGAGCGACUCCCUAACACCUGUAAUGUUUCCAUCCAGGGACCCCAGCUGCAAGGCCGCCUGGUGCUCGCCCAGUGCAGGACGCUGCUGGCCAGUGUGGGUGCCGCAUGCCACUCGGACCUCGGGGACCAGCCCUCCCCAGUGCUGCUGAGCUGUGGAGUCCCUGUUGACGUGGCCCGGAACGCCCUCCGGCUCAGCGUGGGGCGCAGCACCACCCGGGCAGAGGUGGACCUUGUGGUGGAGGACCUGAAGCGGGCUGUGGCCCGGCUGGACACCCCGAAGGCCGAGGCUGGCCCUCCACUGUGA